AAAACUACUGAAAGUGUAUACAGUGAUUCGAAAUGUUGUAAUUUUUUGUAAAUUUUUAAAAGUAGUUUUAUUAAAAAAGCGCAUUGCAAUAUGUUAUUAAGAACAAUAUGGUUGUUUAUAAUUUUUUGUAAAUUUUGUGAAGCUUGGAUUAACGAAAGACCAGUUUUGGAGUCAAUAGAUGGCAACUUAUUUAUAUCAAGUGCUAAAGAUAAAAAUAUUACUUUAAAACCUUUGGGAAAUGGAGUCGUUAACAUUAAUGAUAUUAAUUUACUACACGUCGCAACGGAGGCACAAAAAGCUUCAAAAUUGAUAGACAGAUGGAAAAGUGGGCGUUUAGCAGACAUUGAAUUUAGUAUUCAGAGAUUAUCUGAAUAUGUAGAAGGCCCUCAUGGACUUCUCCGACGGAUGGAUUCAUUAACAGGCCGAGAUUCCACUUAUGCUAAUACUUCAAAUUUAAAUCCAAAUACAAACCCGGAAAUAGAAGAGACUAGAAAUGAGGAAGUUCGCAAAGUAAGAUUGAGGGUGACAAAUUUGGCAAAGAAAGUGAGAAAUAUUGAACGAAAGUUGAGACGAAAUGAUUGUGUCAGCGAUCCAUGCCAGAAUGGUGGCACAUGUAUAGAUCUUUAUGAUGGUGUUCAAUGUCUUUGUCCUACUAAUUUUGAGGGUCCAUUUUGUUCCAUUGAUGUUGAUGAAUGCAUGAAAUACAAAAACACCGACUUGGGUUGUCAAAACGGAGCAACUUGCCACAAUAUUUUUGGUUCAUACGAGUGCAUUUGUUCUCCAGGAUGGUAUGGAAAGGACUGUGUAUUGAAAUCAACAAAUUGUAGUUUGCAAAAUGAUGCAGAAUUAUGUGGGCACGGCCAUUGUAUUACUGUUGCAGGAUCACCACUUGGCUAUACUUGUCUUUGUAAACAGGGAUGGGAAGCCCAAGAUGUAACAAAUCCGACAUGUACCAAAGAUGUUAAUGAAUGUGCAUUAAAUCAUCCACCAUGUUCGGUGAAUCCUCCUGUUGUUUGUCACAACGUUCCAGGAUCAUAUUUUUGUGGCAGCUGUCCACAAGGUUACACUGGAAAUGGAUAUUAUUGUAGUGAUGUUGACGAGUGUCUUUAUGACAAUGGAGGAUGUAGUACAGUACCUCGAGUACAGUGCAUCAAUACAAUGGGCUCCCGAAUUUGUGGAUCUUGUCCAACAGGCUAUGAAGGUAACGGAGAAAUAUGCACCUAUGUCGGUGGCUGUAAGAUUAAUAAUGGAGGUUGCCAUCCUUUGGCAAUAUGCUCCGAAAGUUCAUUUAGUGGAGUCACCUGUCGCUGUCAUCCUGGAUACAUUGGAGAUGGAAUUGCUACUUGCACUCCUCAAUCGAGCCCAACAGAUCACACGGGAGCUUGCGCUAGUAGUCCUUGUAUUCACGGAUCAUGUAUUCCUGGAGUUGGAAAUACGUUCUCAUGCCAUUGUCAAAAUGGUUACAUGGGUAUUUUAUGCAAUUUAGCGGUUGAUCCAUGCAAUCCAAAUCCCUGUAGAAAUAACGGAGUUUGCAAGAGAACGUUAUCUGGAGGUGUCACUUGCGAAUGUACAUCAAGUUUCACUGGAUCAAGGUGCCAAAAGUCGAGACAAUCAUGUGGUGCAGUUUUAAGAGAUCCUGCUGGUACUGUUGAAUAUCCACUUGGUGGUGUAAAUUAUCAGGAUGGACAAACAUGCGCUUGGCAAUUGAAAACCAAUCACAGUUUUGUCUUUAAUGUCACGUUUACUCGAUUCUCCUUAGAAUCUUCAUCUGAGUGUGCCUAUGAUUUUCUGGAAAUUCACGAUGGAGAAAGUACAAGGGAUCAUCCGUUUGGUAGAUUUUGUGGUGGAAUUGGUAAUCUACCGAAUAGAGGAAAUAUUAUUUCCUCACAUAAUGCCCUUUAUUUUUGGUUUCGUUCUGAUCAUACUGUAGCAUCAGAAGGAUUCGCCUUUACAUGGAAUGUGAUUCCUCCAGUUUGUGGAAAUACAAUUAGAGCUGAUAUAGGAACAAUUAAUUCUCCUGGUUAUCCAGGAAAGUAUCCACCACAUAGAGAUUGCUACUGGUAUAUUUAUGUUACCCCAGGAAAAAGGAUUAAUCUCCAUUUUGCUCAAAUGAUGCUGGAAGAACAUGCCACCUGUGAAUAUGAUUAUUUGCAAAUUAAUGAGACUACAACUUACGGGAACAGGCAGAUUGGUUUAUAUUGCAAUCACACUCAUCCAACACCUCUUAUAUCCUCUGGAUCGGAACUUAUAUUACAUUUUCAUUCAGACAGUGCUGGUCAGGAUUUUGGUUUUCAAAUCACCUAUUCCAGUCAGGCAGCCUCACCGGAAUGUGGGGGUGUCUUCACUCAAGAUCAUGGAGACAUUGCAUCACCUGGAUAUUUAUCAUCAGUGGGCUAUGAAGCAAAUACAGUUUGUGAAUGGGAAAUCCGUCUUCCUCCAAAUGAACGAAUCAAAAUAACUUGGAUUGGAUUUGAACUCGAAUCAUCGACAUCAUGUAUCUUUGAUUCGGUUUCGCUUUACGAAGGUGGUACAAUGGAAUCACCACUAAUUGGAAGUUACUGUGGAUAUGAUCUUCCGGAGUCUGCGACUCUAAAUACAAACAUCUUGCUAAUUCGUUUACAAACGGAUAUGUCUAGUCAUAGGCAAGGUUUUCAUUUGAAAUACGAAACAGCUUGUGGUGGGGAAUUUUAUGAACCUAAUGGAACCAUACAAUCUCCUUUAUAUCCAUCAUUGUAUCCACCAUCUAAAAUGUGUACCUACAAAAUUAUUCAACCAGCGGGUAAAGUAAUAGCACUUAGUCUAGAAUUUCUGGAGAUUGAAACAUUGGGUCAAGGUGUAUGUGCAUAUGAUCUUCUUAAUAUCUACGAUGGAAUGAAUGACAAUGCCACUCGUCUUGCUUCACUUUGCGGAACUAAUGAUAAUAUGCCAGCUGAACCUUAUAUAUCGAAACAUAACUAUAUGUACUUGGUGUUUGAAAGCGAUAUCAAUGUACAAUAUCGUGGCUUUUCAGCCAAUUACACAACUUUAGAUGUUGAAUGUGGAGGAAUACAUACAGAUCCAGAAGGUGAUAUUCAGUAUCCAGUUGGUGGAGGAGAAUACAGAAAUAAUUUAAACUGUAUUUGGUUAAUUCACGCACCUCCUGGUCAUAUUGUUCAAAUUUCUUGGAGUCUAUUUAGUCUCGAGCACGAUUUUAAAUGUAGAAAUGAUUAUGUGGAACUUUUCGAUAGCUAUAAAGUCACUGCAUCGAAAACCAUGGGAAAAUUCUGUAGUAACGUUUUACCUCCAUCAAUGAUGACUCAAGGACAAGAUAUGACAAUAGCUUUUCGAUCAGAUUUCAAUUUGGGAUACCGAGGUUUUAAUGCACAUUAUAAAUUUGUGGAUAUUUCAAAGUCAUGUGACGGACAUUUGUUUGCAAUGACUGGAGUUAUUAGAUCUCCUAAUUAUCCUGAAAAUUAUCCAAGAUCUGUGACUUGCGAGUGGAUAAUCGAAGCACCUAGUAAGCAUCAAGUAAUUCUUCGAGUGAAAGAUUUUCAGAUAGAAAAGAAAGGUUGUUUAUAUGAUUAUCUAGAAAUAAGAAAUGGUCUUUAUAAUAACUCACCUUUAAUUGGAAAAUACUGUGGUGAUUUAGGAACUAUUCCAAGCACCAUUAAAAGUUUCAGUAAUCACAUGUUUUUGAGAUUCGUCAGCGAUACAACUGAAGCGGAUAAAGGUUUCGAAAUUGAGUGGGAUCUCUUGACAAUAGGAUGUGGAGGUACAUUAACAGCAGCGAAUGGUGACAUUAUUUCUCCAAAUUAUCCACAACCGUACGGAAAAAGUGCUCUCUGUACAUGGAACAUUAUAGUAUCAGCUGGUAGCUUUGUGCAAAUUGUAUUUGCCGACUUUGAGUUGGAAACUCAUAAUACUUGUCGAUUUGAUUAUUUGGAAAUUGGUGAAGGUAGCGACGCUAAUCGUCAGAAUGUCAAUCGUUAUUGUGGUACUAAAUAUCCAAAUGUUGUCACAUUCCAAAGUAAUCUAGUAACAAUUCGAUUUAGAAGUGAUCCUUCUAACCAUUAUCGAGGAUUUCAUCUUAAGUACAGCACCGAAUGCCACAAUACAAUUCGUGGUAUCCAAGGAGUUAUCGAAUCGCCAAACUUUCCUCGAAAUUACGAGCAUUCGACUAAUUGCACUUGGAUGAUAGAGGCACCAAUUGGUAACAAGGUGAACAUAACAUUCUCCCAUUUCGAGCUAGAAAGUGGAAGAAAUGAAAAUGUUUGUGAUAAUGAUUAUCUAAAAAUAGAAGAGGGUUCCGAAGGGACCGCAACAAAUGUUUUAGGUACAUUUUGUGAUACGGAAAUACUUCCACCUAAAAUUGCCUCAAAGGAGCAUCAGGUUUUUGUAACAUUUAUCACUGAUAGUUUUAUUAAUCACAAUGGAUUUAGACUUGAAUGGGUUGUAAAUGGCUGCGUAGAACAUUUAACGAAACCUAAAGGUACAUUCAGUUCUCCGGGAUAUCCUACCGGUUAUCCCCUAGAUACUGUCUGUGAAUGGUUAAUAGAAGUUGACUACGUACACAGUAUACAACUGACAUUUGAUGAGGUUUUAACUGAAAAAGGCUCCAACUGUGACUUCGAUUUAGUUGAUAUUUACAGUGGUGGAAAUGAUAAGGCGCCAAAAUUAGGAGAAUUAUGCCACUCAACAAAACCUGUUACAUUCACCAGCUCUGGAAAUAAAAUAUAUGUCAGAUUCAUUUCUGAUGGUUCCACUGCGAAUAAAGGUUUCCAAGCCAGAUACGAAAGUGUUAAUUUGAGAUGUGGAGGGCAUUUCACAGCACAAUCUGGUUCAAUUCAUUCGCCUUAUUAUCCUCAAAAUUAUCCACAUAAUCAAAACUGUGAGUGGCUUUUGAUAGUCGAUACGGAUCAUGUAGUUAGAUUGAAUUUCACUAACUUUGAUAUUGAGAAUACGAAGAAUUGCUCAGAUGACUAUGUUAAAGUAUAUGAUGGACCGUCAAACACAGCUGCUUUGCUUGGUACUUUUUGUCAUAAUAAAAUACCGCCUACAUUGACUUCUACUGGAAAUCAAAUGCUAGUAGUAAUGAGAAGUGACAGUUUCCUCACUGCCAAAGGUUUCAAAGCUGAUUACCAAAGAGCAUGUGGUGCUACAAUAACAGUAAAGGACAAUGGUAUUUUAAGUACAUCUUCGUCCUUAUUUUUGAGGGAACUGGCAACAAACUGUAGUUGGAUUCUUAUUGCUGAAGAUCCAGCCGAUCACAUUACUUUAACUUUUACUCAUAUGCAAUUUCCAAGUGAUUGUGAUAAUCAGUACGUGCAAGUUCAUGAUGGUCCUAUCAUUGAGGGACCUUCAUUGGGAACAUGGUGCACAACUGACGUUCCACCGCCGAUUAUCAGUAGUGGAAAUUCUUUAACAGUGAAUCUAGUGUCGAAUUUAUACAAUUCUGAAAGUUCAUUUUCAGCUUUCUAUUCUAGUCUAAAUACCGCUUGUGGUGGAAAUUAUUCAUCAAUGAGUGGAUCACUAACGUCUCCAUCAUAUCCAAAUAGUUAUCCAAUGAAUGCUGAAUGUAUUUGGACAAUUUCAGUGUCACCUGGAAAUGGAAUAGUUUUAGGUUUUCCAGAAUUUAGUUUAGAAACAAGUUCACAUUGCAAUGAAGAUUAUUUGGAAGUACGUGAGAGCAAUGGAAUUGGAAAAUUAUUGGGAGUAUUUUGCUCUGAAACUCCAGAAACAAUUAUAUCAAAUAAAACACUUUGGAUUAAAUUUAGAAGUGAUGGGAAAGGAACAGCAUCUGGUUUUAGAGCAGAUUACGUUCUUCUUCAUGGAAUGGAUUUAGAUGGACCAACUGGACAAAUUGCAUCGCCUCUAUAUCCUAAGCCUUUGGUAUUCAAUGAAGAAUACAGUUGGAGAAUUACUGUUGAGUUUGGAUGGAUUAUAAAGAUCGAAUUUCAGGACUUUGCAAUUGGAUUUAUUGGACAUGUUUACGAUGGGUGUUCUGUUAAACUUGAUAUAUACGAUGGUUAUAAUGAUGAAGCUCCUACGUUAUUUUCUGAUUGUGGAAUAACUAAACCAGAACCUGUCUAUUCCAGUAGUGAUACCGUUUACAUUAAAUUAGUAUCAGUGGUUUAUAGUUUACAGUGGCAUAAUGCCGGUUCUUUGUUCUUGCUAUCAUGGCACCAAAUUCCAAGAGGUGAAAUUCAUGAAGAGAAUCAAGUACAAAAAUUGUCAGAAUGCAAUCAAAUGAUAAGUUUAACGGAUCCUCGAAAUGAAAGUUAUGUAAUUUCUUCUCCGGGAUAUCCAGAUGGAUAUUCCACUAAUUUGGAAUGCAAUUGGUUCUUUACAUCACCAUUGGGAACGCAUCUUACUUUCCAAGGUCGAUCAAUGGAUCUAGAGGAAACAACCGAUUGUCUUACAGAUUAUGUUGCUAUUUAUUCAGGAAACGCUUUAAAUUCGAAUGAUGGAACUUUACUGAGACAGGAAUGUCUGUCGAAUAAUUCAUUAAUUACUAUACCAACUGGUAAUGAAAUGACUGUUCGUUUUGUAUCUGAUUAUGGUGUAAAUGGAACAGGUUUCGAGGCUGUUGUUUAUAGAGAAUGUGGAGGACAAUUGAAAGGACCAACAGGAAUCAUUCAGUACGAUAAUUCUUCUUAUUAUGCUGUACAUUCACUUCGAUGCGAAUGGAAUGUUACUGUUAGACCAGGAAGAACAAUAGAAGUCAAAUUUCUUGAAUUAGAAAUGAUGAACAAAGAUCCUAAAGUUUGCAAUCGCAAUUUCAUAAUGUUAAAGAAUGGAGAAUCGGCAUUUUCUCCUCUUCUUGGAGAAGGAAAAUAUUGCGGUGAUAGUCUUCCUUCAUCUUUAAUGACAACAACAAAUAAAUUGUAUGUUAAAGCAGUAUGGCUGGCAUCUUCUGCAAAAUUCAAAUUGUCAUACAGGGAAGUCGGAAUGGAUUGUGGGGGACAAUUAAUUCUAUCUGGUGAAAACAGUUCCGUAGAGUUUUCAACGCCGAAUUAUCCAAAUGUACCACCACCAUACACUGAAUGUAUUUGGACACUUUUAGCCCCAGCUGGAAAAAGGCUAUCAAUUCAUUUCAUCAAUGCCUUCGAUUUAACAGACAGUGCAAACUGUGAAAAAGAGUACGUUGAAAUUCGAGAUGGUGGUACGGAAUCCUCGAAAAUAUUGGGAAGAUUUUGUUCAGACAUUGCUCCCAGUACAAUUACUUCAAACGAUAAUGCUUUAUAUGUUCAUUUCUAUUCCGAUGUCUCAGAUCAAAAGAAUGGAUUCCAUGCAGUUGUAACAACAGAUGCUAUAUGUGGGGGAAUAAUGAGAGGUGUUCGUGGUGUAAUUAGAUCACCAAAUUAUCCUAAUAAUUAUCCAAAAAAUCAAAAUUGCGUUUGGUGGAUUAUUGGACCAUUGAGUUAUUCAUUAAGAAUUCAGUUCCAAGAUAUACAUUUACCCAGUUUGAGAAAAUGUAAUCAAACUGAUCAUUUAAUUAUUAGUGAGAAAUUACCUGAAAAUAGUACAGCUACGGAGAUUGGUACAUAUUGUGGAUGGAAUAAACCAGAAUUAAUAAGAACUGCAUCUAAUGAGGCAUUAAUUACUUUCGUAACAGACGAUAAAGAAUUUACCUGGUACAGGGGAUUUAGUUUAAAUUAUUCUAUAAGCUUUGAAAAAUGUGGCGGUGCUCUAUCGGGAAUGUUUGGUGAAUUCAAGACAUCGGGUUAUCCGAAUGGAAAUCUAAGAAGAUACUGUGUAUGGAGAAUUGUAGUUCCAGAAGGUUUUCAAGUUGUUGUAGAUGUCCUAGACAUUGAAUCAGAUGAUAGAUAUCCAAUUAAGUUCUUUAACGACAUGUACCAUAUUUCGAAGAUAAGAUUCUUGAAAGCUAGUGAUUCUGAGAAACGUAUUGUUAGUUCUUCUAACAUAAUGGUUGUUUCCCACUUCUCUCAAUUUGGACAACGUGGGUUGAAAGCCAAAUUCUCAGCCGUUGCACCAGCUCCUUGUGGUGGGUUAAUGAAAGAUCAGAAAGGCAGCCUUUCGGUACCAACUACAAGACCUUUCAACGAAACAGCCUUCUACUGUCAAUGGAAAAUGGAACCUCCGGAAGAGAUUCUUCCUUUUACAAAUGAAACUGGAAUAACAAUGACUUUAAAAGUUUCUGGCAUUAUUGGAGACACGCGACAAGCAACUAGGAAUUGUUUAUUCUAUCAACAAUACGUCAGGGUUACAGAUCCUGAUGCACUAAUUGCUACUGUUUGUGGUAAUCUUAUGUCCAAACCAAUGUACGUGCGAACUCCAUCCACUUCAAAUACUAUUAAGGUACUGAAUGCAACUGAAGUAUCUCCUAUGAAAAUUAAUCUAACAUACGAAUGGCAACAAUGUGGUGGAGUCUUAGGAGGUCCUUUCCAUACAAUUAGAACUCCAAUAGUCGAAACUUUCCCAAUAAAUUGUGCAUGGGAAGUUAAAUUUCCGGACAAUGGAGAAAUUAUAAAUUUGAACUUUAAUUCCAUAAAUUUAGGAAGUUGUGAAAAAAAUUACAUUAUUGUUAGAAACGGUGGGCCUAAUUCUCCAGAAUUAGAUAAAAUUUGUGGAAAUAUAAUACCACAAAAAAUUGUCAGCUCCAGUCAUAAACUUUGGAUUGAAUUCUAUUCUGAAACUACGCCAAAUGAUUUUGAAUUUACUUUAGAUCAAAUUGGAAAUGAAUGCGGUAGUGUUUAUCGCGGAAAUCGAAAAGAAAUCUCCUCUCCUAAAUUCCCAUCAUCCUAUUUACCGAAUGUCGAAUGUGUGUGGACCCUUGUGGCCGAGGCAGGUUAUCAUAUUCGACUUGAGUUUGUGGAUAGAUUUAAUUUAGAAUCCAGUACAAAUUGUCAGAAUGAUUAUCUACAGUUAUUUAAAUGGAACGACAACGAGAAAGGAGAUAACGAAUGGAUUGAAAUUGAUAAAGUUUGUGGUCGAAAUACUCCAGGUCCAUAUAAUUCGACUUCGACACGUUUAAAAGUUUUAUUCCAUUCAAAUGAGGCAAUUGAAGGAGAUGGAUUUAGAGCUCUGUGGUAUCAAGAUUGUGGAGGAGUAUUUGAUGUUACUAAGGAAAUGAAGUAUAUAAAAUCACCAAAUUAUCCAAGUUCCUAUAAAAGAAACCAGUUUUGCAACUAUACUCUAAUUGCGCCUGAGAAAAAUAUUAUUGUUGACUUUUUGGACUUCCAGGUUGAACAAGGAAAUAAAGGUAAACGUGAUUGCCGCUGGGAUAAUGUUACAAUUAUAACUGAAGGAAUGUACUAUUUCGAUGAACCAUUUGAAACUGUCUUUUGUGGAUCCGAAUUGCCUGCGAUUCAGAAGUCCUAUUCAAAAAUGCAAAUUAUAUUAAGAACGGAUUCCUACCGCCAAAUGCCUGGCUUUUUCUUGAGAUACUUUUUAAGUGAAUGCGGUGGAGAGAUAACCGAACCCCAGAUGAUUAGUUCCCUUAAUAAUGGUCCAACAUAUUUCGGAGGAAUCAAUUGCACUUGGAUCAUUAAAGCUCCUACAACCAAGAGAGUAGUACUUCGUUUUGAGGAAUUUUCACUAGAGUAUAGUUCAAGUUGUUCUUUUGAUGCGGUUGACGUGUAUGAAGGAGCUUUGAUUGACAUUAGAACACGUUUAGGAUGUUAUUGUGGAAAUUUAACUGGCAUGCUUCCGGUUGUUAAAACUUCUAGCAACAUAAUGACUGUUAACUUUAUUUCUGACGAAUCUCAUCAUUUCGGAGGUUUCAAAGCCUUGGUAACAUUUGCAAACAAUGAAGCUGAAGGAUGUGGAGGUAUUUUAAACAUUACUGACUCAAUUUCCUUUAGGACACAAAAGUCUGAAUUUUAUGAUUCAAUACAAGAUUGUCACUGGACAGCAAUCACGUCACCCACCAAACAACUAAGAUUUACUAUUAAUUCUAUUGAUUUAAAACCAAAUGCAAAUAGAACAAUUCGUUUCGAUAGAUUGUGCUCAGGCGAUUACUUAGAGAUAAGGGAUGGAAAAUCUCAAUACGGGGAUCUACUAGCACAAGUGUGCGGCAGUAGUUCACCUUCUUCAGUGACAUCUUCCACAAAUUCUUUGUGGAUAAGGCUUUUUACAGAUGGAUCACUUGUUGGAAGAGGCGUAACUGCCACAAUUGAAGCAAUUGAAUCUUAUUGUGGAGCAACAGAGUUACUUUUCAGUGAUAAGACACAGACUCUUCGAUCACCAUCAUAUCCUGAUCCAUAUCCGUCAGAUAUCACUUGUAGAUGGUUACUGACUGGAUCCUCGUCCCGUGGAGUCUAUUAUAUUCACUUUACUAAUUUCGAUCUAAUGGAUGAGCAAGAAUGUUAUGAAGAAUAUGUUCAAAUAACAGACUAUAAUGAUCAACAUAUUAUUUCUGAAGGAUAUGGAGAAAACCAUGUUGUUAGCGGCAAAAUAGAAGAACCAUUCAGCUUGAGCAUGCAUCAUCUUUUACCUACUGAAACAUUAAAAUAUUGCGGAAGUAUAAUGCCUCAUGAUUUCUACAGCUAUGGUGACAAAAUAGAAGUUAAAUUUAAGUCAUCAGUACAGAAAUUACAGAAACAUAAAGGAUUUGAGUUUGAAUAUGGCACAUCUAUGUGCGAUCGAAAUCGAACAGGAGUGCAGGGAAGAUUGGUACAUCAGGGUUUCGUGGAAUGCUGGCUCACAAUUACUGCUCCCAUCAAUCACACAAUCUCUUUGUACUUUAAUAACUUUAGAUUAGGCGGUUAUGAUAGUUGUGAAGAAAGUUCAUUACAGAUUUUUGAUGGAGGUUUUAAGGAUCAUCGUCUAAUAAAUGCGUGCGGAUAUGAAAUACCUGAUCCCGUCUUUAGUACUGGCAAUAAAUUAAGUUUCCAUUCGUUUCAAACUAAUUCUAGAAAGUAUAAUGGUUAUGAUAUUACCUAUGUGGCUACAGAUAAAGGACGUGGUUGUGGAGGGAAAAUAUUUAACUACGCUGGUAAAUUUACUUCACCAAUGUAUCCUGGUCCUUUUAGAAACGAAAGUGAAUGUACUUGGCAUAUCAGUGUUCCUGUGGGUUUUAAAGUCGCUCUAGUAUUUACAGAUUUUGAUAUUGGCUCUGACGAACUUUGCGGUACAAACAAUGUUCAAGUAUAUAGUUUAAAUAAUGCUGCAGUCUACUGCGGAUCGGUAAGACUAAUAAUUAUUAUAUCACCUCAAGUCAGUAAUUUUCGGCAAAUUGAAAUCACAAAUAAAAUUCUCUCUUUGCAGCAUCUUCCAGCUAAUUUUUACGGUUCUAACAAUGAAGUUGAAGUUACUUAUAGAACGAGUAUAAACAACGGUGGAAAAGGAUGGGUUAUUGAGUUCACAAGUGUCAGAGGCAAUCAAAUAAUUCCUAGUGAUUGAAAGAUUAUGAGAAAACAAUUUAUUUCACUCUCUAUCUAUUUUUACGUUAAAAAUAUCAUCGACACAAAAAGUAUCUAAACUUAGGAAUCAUAAUGUGGAAUGUAAAUAUUUAUUUACGUUGUUAAAAUAUAACUUUGUACAUUUUUUGAAAAUAUAGAAAAUUUUAUUGUAAA